GCAGGCGCGAGCCGUGUGUGCCUGGGCGCGUGUGGAGCGAGGGAGCGGGAGGAGAGGCCGCCGGACACGGGGGAGCCACGGCGGCCUCGGGCGAGAAUGAGCGGGAGCUGCCGAGCGCGCGGAGCCGGCGAGGAGGGAGCGCCGUCUCUGGGCCGCCGUGUGGGCGGGGAGAGGCGAGGCUGAGGGAGAAGGAGAAGAAGAGGCAGGAGGCAGGCAGUAGUAGACCGAGGGGGGACAGGGCGGCAGCAGCAGCAGCAGCAGCAGCAGCGCAGAGGCAGACCCAGCCAGCCAGAAAGGAGACGGACAGCGACAGUCCAGGCGGGGUGGGGACCGAAAUAGAGGCAGCCCGGGGCAGGCGCUGAGCGCGGGGACGGCGAGGGCGAGCUGAGGAACAGGGCGGGGGGGGGGGGGGGGGGGGGAAGGGAGAACUUAAAAAGGGGGCCAGCCAUGCAGCAGAGGGAGUGAGAGGAAGAGAGAGCGAAGCGGAGGCGCAGAGUGGCUGGAAAGUAGCCGGGCGCUCGCCCGAGACCAGCGCCCCGCCAGCGACUCUCCAACCCGGGCAGGGGUGGAGGACUAGACUGGAGCGAGCGCGCACCAUGCUUUCCCGGGAGACGGGCGCUGCGUUGUGACUGCGCCCUCCUCUGCAGCCCGAUCCACGCCCAGAAGCUGCGGGGGGCUCGCCCCUCUCCAGUGCGCCUCUCCUGCAAGAAACAGAAUGGAAGAGGAGAGCGAUAAUUGGCUCUGGAAAGUGACAAAAAGAGAGUGCACGCCAUUGCAAAGGUUGAUGAUGACGAUGGUCUGUCAAACUCUCUGAAGCAACAGCAUGGAGAUUGGUAUUCUGAACUGUUAAUGGGGUCAUGGGACUCAUGUUGUCAUUGAUCACUUGUGUGGAUUUAACCAGUGAGGAGCAACAGAAACUUAUAGAAAGGCAUCCAGAAUUAACGCAGCACUGAAGGUCAUCAAAUUGUGUACUUCUAAUUUCUAUCUGGGAGAAUGUCUGAGCAAGAGAAAGCAGAGGAGGCUGGAAAUGAGUCAACCAUCUCAGAGGUAGAUGAAAAAGACGAGAAUGGCCAGAAACGAGGUACAAACCAGAACCAGCAGAAAAAGAGAGCCAAGUCAGGAGGGAAGGGAAAACUGGUGCGAAGUCUCGCUGUAUGUGAAGAAUCAUGCCCUCGUCUGGAAACGGAGAUUGACAAUCAGGAAUCAAUACAACUACAGCUUUCAAGUUUCCCCAGCCUACAUGAAGAGGAUAAAUCUAGUAAAGAUGAAUCUGAGAAAGAAAAAGAGAAGGAUAAAAACAAAGAAAAAGAUAGAAACAGUGAAAAACCCAAGAUAAGAAUGUUAUCAAAAGACUACAGCCAAGAAUACACAGACUCAACAGGCAUAGAUUUGCACGAAUUUCUGGUUAACACAUUAAAGAAUAAUCCCAGGGACAGAAUGAUACUGAUGAAAAUGGAGCAGGAAAUUAUUGAUUUUAUUAGUGAUAACAGUAAUCAUUAUAAAAAGUUCCCCCAGAUGUCAUCGUAUCAGCGAAUGCUCGUACACAGAGUAGCAGCUUAUUUCGGCAUGGAUCACAAUGUAGAUCAGACUGGAAAAUCUGUCAUUAUCAACAAGACCAGCAAUAUGAGAAUACCAGAGCAAAGGUUUUCUGAACAUUUAAAAGAUGAAAAAGGUGAAGAAUCCCAGAAGCGAUUUAUCUUGAAGCGAGAUAACUCUAGUAUUGAUAAAGAAGACAAUCAGCAAAACAGAAUUCAUCCAUUUAGAGAUGACAGACGAAGUAAAUCAAUUGAAGAGAGAGAAGAGGAGUAUCAGAGGGUGAGGGAGAGAAUAUUUGCACAAGAUUCAGUUUGUUCACAAGAAAAUCUUUUUGUGGAUAACAGACUCCUGGAGGAUAGCAUAUGCAAUGAAACCCUUAAGAAGAGGCAGCUCUUCAGGGGUAACAGAGACAGCACAGGGAAGGCAUCUGGCAGUCGGCAAAGCAGUACAGACAAUGAAUUGAAAUGGACAGACCACCAGAGGCCAUGGAGCAGCACAGACUCAGACAGCUCCAAUCGCAAUCUGAAGCCAGCCAUAACUAAGACCGCAAGUUUUGGUGGAAUCACUGUUCUGACCAGAGGAGAUAGCUCAUCAAGUAACAGGAGUACCGGCAAACUGUCUAAAACAGGUAGUUCAGAGUCUUCCAGCAGUGCUGGGUCCUCAGGAUCUCUCUCACGAACACAUCAACCUCUCCAAAGUGCACCUGUUGUCCCUGGAGUGACAGCGCCUUCUUCAAGCAGCCUUUCCUACACAGAGAAUGGGAUGAAUGGCCAGGUCAUACCAAACAACACCAGCUACAUCAUACUUCCACUUGAAGCUGCAGGAAUACCACCAGGAAGUAUCCUGCUCAAUCCACACACAGGUCAACCGUUUGUAAAUCCCGAUGGUACACCUGCAAUAUACAACCCACCCAGCAGUCAGCAGCCUCUUAGGAACCAGAUAGUGGGACAGAGUCAGCAACCGCCGUCAUCACAGCAGCCUGUGCAGCAACCGCAGCAACAGAUUGCCAGUCACCUUGUCACCCAGGCUCUGCAGCCUUCCUCCCAAUCAGUCCAGUAUCCGACAGUGUCCUACCCACCUCAGCAUCUCCUGGCAAUGUCUUCAACGCAGCAGUUUCCUGUGCGAGAUGACAUGACAACACAGUUUAGCCAGAUGAGCUUAAGUCGCCAGUCCUCAGGAGACAACCCUGAUUCGCCUUCUGGUCCUGUCUAUCCAUCACCUCUUAUACAGCAGUCUGUCCCCCAGGCUGGUUACGUCAUGGCACCCCCAAGCCAGCAGCUCCCCCCUGGAGGUUUUACAGGUUCAGGUCCACCAGUUUCCCAACAAGUCCUGCAACCCCCACCUCCACCACAGAGUUAUGUACAACAGCCGCCACCUGCUCAGAUGCCUGUGUACUACUACCCAUCUGGUCAAUACCCUACCUCAGCAACUCAGCAGUAUAGGCCCAUGACCUCAGUUCAGUACAAUGCACAGCGGAGUUCACAAAUACCACAGACUGCUCAGCAAGCAGGUUACCAGUCUGUCUUGCCUAAUCAACAACAAGGGUUCCAAGGACUCCUCGGAAUGCAACAGCCUCCCCAAAGUCAGAACCUGAUGAAUAAUCAACAGGGAAAUCAGGUGCAAGGCAUGAUGGUCCAGUAUCCAGCCAUGUCUUCUUAUCAGGUGCCAAUGACCCAGGGUUCUCAAGGACUGCCACAACAGUCGUAUCAACAGCCAAUCAUGUUACCUAAUCAAUCAGGUCAAGGAACACUUACAGCCACUGGAAUGCCCGUUUACUGUAAUGUCAUACCUCCUUCUCCACAGAACAAUCUACGUUUGAUUGCGCCACAUUGUCCCUCUAAUAACGUUCCAGUUAUCUCUGCCAGCUGCAGGACAAACUGUGCGAAUAUGAACAAUAGUGGAUGGCAGGUCAAGUACUGAAACUGUGAAUUUAUAGUACAGAUACCUAAAGAUAGCUGUGCAUUUUUUUUUAAUGACAACUGUCUCAUGGCCUUCAACUGAAAACUGGAAUAUAACAUGAGUAAUCCGUUAAGGGACAUAAAGGGAGACCUUGCUGCUGGAAAUGUGUUUAAAAAACAACAACAAAGCAUAAUAAGUUGUUUGCUGGUUAAUGGUGCAUAUUUUUGUCAUGUCCACUAGGUAUGCCUUUGUAGCUUAGCUAGUGACAUGAAAUCACUGAGGUAAGAUUUUUUCCUACCACUAAACACCACUGUGUAGAUUAUAAUAUCCCUGAUUCAGAUUAGUUUUGUACUUUGUGUUGAGUUUGUGAAGCUAAAGGUAUUUAAAAAAUAUAAAAAACCACAUUGUACCAAAGUUGUAAUGGACAUUUUAAAAACCAGAUGAAUGGAACGAAUAAUUUAUAUACACUAUAGAGUUUUUUUAUGGAUAUCUACUGUAUUGUAGUGUUAAAUCACAAUAAAGUUGCUUGACCUCAUGAGGAAAGGUCAGCUUUCUAGUA